AAACCAAGGCACAGUUUUUGUCAGCCAUCAAGUGGAGGCAUUUGCAAAGGAAAUGGGUUUCCGUCUGUUAAAUUCUACUCCUCAUUAUGCACAAGCUAAUGGGCAAGCGGAGGCUUCUAAUAAGGUGGUGAUUAAUUUGCUUGAAAAAAUGGUGGAUGACAACCCCAGACGCUGGUAUGAACUGUUGUCUGAAACACUAUGGGCUUAUAGAACUUCACAAAGGAGUUCAACCAAAAUGACACCUUUUGCCUUAACAUAUGGCCAUGAUGCAGUCUUGCCAAUGGAGUUAACAGCCAAGUCUUUAAGAAUAGCAAUUCAGCAUAAUCUCCAGUCUAGAGAAUACGAUGAGGCCAUGAUGCUUGAGCUUGAGGACCUUGAAGACACACGUUUGACAGCUUUGGAUAGAUUGCAAGCUCAAAAACUCAAAAUUGCAAAGUCUUACAACAAUAGGACAGAGUCAGCUGUGAAAAAGUUGGGAAUGUCUGCUGCAAUCAUCUUGGAAUUUAGCAGAUUUUGCACGUGGCCUUUGGAAUCUGAAAGAACAUGGAGGAACAGUGCCGAAAAUGGAGGAACAGUACCGAAGAUCAUGGAGAAGAUCAUGGAAGAGGUUACCAGCAUCGAAGGGAACAAAAACAGAGAGAAGAGAACAGUUCAAGGCCUGCCCAACACACACACAGACUGCCCAGAGCAUGUUUUCCAGCUUUUAGACUGCUUUUUCCAGAUUUUAGCAAUAGUUUCCAGAUUUCCUAGAUUUUCCAGAUUAGUUCAUAGCCUUAGCCUAGAGGCGUUUGAAGCCAUGCCACCAAGAAAGAGCAGAGACAAAGAGGUUCAGCCAGCCCAGGCUGAACAUGCAAAUGAUCCCAUCACUUUUCUCCCAGUGUCACCUUUGGCAAAACGGUCCUAUGGCAAUCCAAUUUUCAAAGAAAGGGAUGCAGAUCGUAGAGAUGACUUUGCUGAAUCAAGUAAUGUGUUUAGAGGUAUGAUUGAACGUCUGGAUUUAGCAUUCAAAGAACAGAACCAGGCUAUGCGGAGACUUGUUGAGAGUCAAGUAGAAUCCUCCAGACGUGAGGAAGAGUUAAUUAGACAAUGUAUAGAAGAAAUGAGACGGGUCUUUGAAAAAGGCACUAAGGUGAUGCGAGAAACUGGGGAAGAAAGUCACAGACCACUGCAGGCUGUUUCAGAACAAGUGGUUGAGCAAGUGCGACAGCCCAGACCUGAGAUCUUUCCUCCAGUCCAGCAUUUUGUCAUUGGUGAAGGGCAAAGACAACACCAAUUGAUGGAGGCUGCUACUCUUGUUGCAGACCAUGGCCAUCAACCUCAACAUAAGUAUAUUCUGCCAACUAGGAAGGGAAAUGUGGGUCCUCAUCAUCAACCUUGUCCAAGGGAUUUUUUCCAGCCACAAGUUCCACCAGCCCAACCGGUACAGCGUGGUCUGCAAAAUCAACCAGCUCAAUUCUUCAAUAGAGACCAUGGGCCAACCUUGAGGUCAUUGGAAAAGAUUGCUAAGGGUAUCUUGAAAUUUCCAGACAGAGUGAAGGAAACCAUGGGAGUGGAUACAGACCCUUUUCCAGCUGUGUCUGUCGGCGUGAAUGUUGCAGACCUAAGGAGUGUUGCUAGAAAUCGCAGUCUGCCUUAUGCUCAAAGGAACCUUGCUGCAGAAGACUUAAGGUGGGUUCUUGAGGCGCAGAGAUCCAGACAUAGCAGGAGCGUUAGGUUAGACCAGCAGAGGCUCGGGGGGCAAGAAAGGAUCACUGUGACCAGGAACUUCAGUCCAGAAGGUGCCAGACGUUAUUCAACUGGUACUAGAUCUCCAAGGAUGGUCAAACUGCCACUCAGGUCACCUUCCAAACGGUGGGAGAAAAUUAGUCAUCCCAAGUUUCCAGCCCAGAAUCCCAGAACCUUGAGGCGCAGACUACAGCGCAAGAGGGCUGAAGAGCGAAAAAGGCAACAGAAGCAGAUGGAGGCUAAGGGAAGUUCAUCUCGCAGACCACGCCAACCUACCAAAAGGAACAUGGUGUGGGUGAGAAAAGAGAAAAAGGAGGCUGUAACCCAGACUCUACUGAAGGAGGAUGACCAAUCUCCAGCCUCUCCAAAGGUGGCGUCUGUUAUUGUGAGUCCAGAUGGGGUUUUGAAAGCAACUUUUGAAGCACAAGAACAGUCUGGGAAUCGUGGAGCUGAAUCAAAAGAAGAUGGCACUAUUCAUUUUGGGGAAUUCUUAGUGAAUUUGUCAUGUCUGGUGCUGACAUUACCCUUGGUUUUCCAAGCCAAGAAGGAGGAGGAACCAAUCGUCUGUGAGUUCCCAGAACAGACAGAAGAAGAGGUAAUUGUUGUUCCAGCUCAGGAUGAUGAAAAGGAGGACAUGGCUGACAAAAUUGUGUUUGAAAAACCAGAAGAAAAGAUGACCAGACACAUUAGGCCACUUUAUAUCAAUGCUCACAUGGAUGGGACUCCAAUCAGCCGUGUCUUGGUGGAUAAUGGAGCUGCAGUCAAUGUCCUUCCAACUUGCAUGCUCUACAAAAUAGGCAAGUCCCUUGAUGAUUUAGUGCAUACUGAGGUUACAAUUAGUGAUUUUACAGGAGGGGUGAAUUGUUCAAGGGGUGUGCUGCCUGUUGAAUUAACAGUGGGAAAUAGGACACUGAUGUCUGCGUUUUUUGUGGUGGAUACUGUUGCUACUUACAAUGCACUUUUGAGGCAUGACUGGAUUCAUUCAAGUUGGUGUGUCCCUUCUUCACUUCACCAGAAACUGAUUUUCUGGAAUGGUGGCAAGGCUGAGGUCGUGUCUGCAGAUGAUAAACCUUUUUCAGCCAAUACCCACCUGGUGGAGGCUAGAUAUUAUGAAGAAGACAUUGGUACCAUUCGGUUUUUUGGGAUGGAUAGACAUGGGAAACUGAUUGGGAUAACAGCAUGCAGCAGACUGUCUUUGUCUAAGCGUGUUGUGGAGGAAGAGAGAGAAAAGGCCGUGUUGGAGAUAACAAAGAAAUUAGUGGCCUAUUUUGCUAAAAAAGUAGUGCAAGUAGACAGGUCUGAAAUUGUUCAUGAAGGUGAGGAGGCAAAUCGAGGGUCUGAAAGUGAACCAAAUGUAACAUUUAUCAGCGGCUCCCUUGAGCCGCAGACACGAGAUCAAGUUGUUAGACUUCUGCAUGAAUUUAAGGAUUGUUUUGCUUGGGAUUACUUAGAAAUGCUAGGUCUGAAUCGGAGACUGGUGGAACAUAAACUGCCAAUUGCAGAAGGAUUCAGACCGUAUAAACAGCUGCCCAGAUGCAUGUCUGCAGAGGUCACUUUGAAGGUGAAAGAAGAAAUUGAGCGGCUGGUAAAAGCUGGGUUCAUUCGGACAUGCAGGUAUGCAGACUGGUUGUCAAAUGUAGUGCCUGUGCUGAAGAAGAAUGGAAAAUUAAGAGUCUGUGUUGAUUUUCGAAACUUGAAUUUAGCUACACCAAAGGAUGAGUAUCCUAUGCCAAUUACAGACUUGUUGGUUGAUGGAGUAGCCCGUCACAAAAUUCUAUCUUUCAUGGAUGGUCAUAGUGGGUACAACCAAAUUUUUAUUGCAGACGCAGACGUUCCUAAGACAGCCUUUCGAUGCCCAGGUGCUGUUGGAACUUUUAAAUGGGUUGUGAUGCCAUUUGGUCUGAAGAAUGCUGGAGCUACCUAUCAAAGAGCCAUGAAUGCAAUUUUUCAUGAUAUGAUUGGUAAAUUCAUGGAAAUUUAUAUUGAUGAUGUUGUGGUGAAAUCACAUGGGGAAGCAGACCACCUGGUCCAUUUGAGGAAGGCUUUUGAGCGGAUGAGGCAACAUGGCUUGAAAAUGAACCCACUAAAGUGUGCCUUUGGAGUGUCUGCGGGUAACUUCCUUGGGUACUUGGUGCAUGAGCGUGGUCUGGAGAUUGACAAGAACAAAGCCAGGGCUGUGAUUGAGGCAAAACCACCACAGAACAAAAAGGAGUUGCAAAGAUUUUUUGGCCAAGUUAAUUUCUUAAGACGUUUCAUUUCUAACUUGGCUGGGAAAACCAGAGUCUUUUCUCCUCUGUUGAAACUCAAGUCUGAGGCGGAUUUUAAGUGGGAAGAACACCACCAGUUUGCCUUUGAUAUGAUAAAGUGGUACUUAUCCAGACCACCAGUACUUGUACCGCCUGUGAAAAAUAAGCCUUUAAUUUUGUAUAUAUCCGCCGCAGACGAGUCCAUAGGAUGUCUGCUGGCACAGGAAAAUGAUAAAAAACAGGAGCAGGCUGUGUAUUACUUGAGUCGAUGUUUGACCCAGACCGAAGUGAAAUAUUCUUCGGUCGAAAAGUUGUGUCUUGCUCUCUUUUUUGCUGCAAUAAAAUUAAGACAUUAUUUGAUUUAUUCUGAGGUGUAUGUGAUUGCCAAGACUGAUAUUGUCAAAUAUAUGUUGUGCCGCCCUUUGUUAAGAGGCCGAAUAGGUAAAUGGAUUCUGGCCUUGUUUGAAUUUAAUUUGAAGUAUAUACCACAGAAGGCUGUCAAAGGGCAGGCAUUGGUAGACUUUCUUGUAGAUCAUCCAUGUCUAGACGCGGAGGCAGAUGAAGAAAAAGGGAUUAACUUGUUUUCAAUAAGUUUAGUUCCCUGGAAACUUAUUUUUGAUGGAUCCAGUACAAAAACCAUGUCUGGCGCUGGAGUCGUGGUAAUUUCCCCGUCUGGGCUGAAAACACAGAUGUCUUUCCAGCUGGAUUUUAAUUGCACAAAUCAUCAAGCAGAAUAUGAAGCUUUGAUUAUUGGUCUUGAGAUGUUGGUGGAGCUUAAAGUAUCCAUGGUUGAGGUUAUAGGGGACUCACAGCUAGUUUUGAGGCAAUUGUUUGGUGAGUGCAAAUGUACUAGCCUUGCUUUAGCCCUUUAUUUUGCCUUGGCUGUGCAAUUGCUGGAAGAAUUUGAUGACGUGUCCAUCAGACAUGUGCCCAUAGACCAGAACUAUGAAGCUAAUGAAAUGGCCCAGAUUGCUUCAGGUUUGCAAAUUCCUGAAGGUGUAAUGCAGAAAGUUGUAAUAGUUGAAAAACGCAGUCUGCCAUUAAUUCAUCAACGUGGCAUGACUGUCUCCACUUGCAGCAUUGAUAUUACCCAGACGGACUGGCGCUUUCCAAUUAUUCAGUACCUUAAGGAUCAAAGCAUUAAGGUAUCUAGGAAAACCAAAAUGCAAGCUCUCAAUUAUGUCUUGAUUGAGGAUGUACUUUAUAGGAGAGGCAAUGAUGAACUAUUGCUGCGUUGUCUGGGUCCAGAUGAAAGUUUCCAGAUGCUGUCUGAUGUCCAUGAUGGGAUUUGUGGUGCACACCAGACUGGAAUCAAGAUGCGUUGGUUGAUUCGCAGACAUGGUUUCUUCUGGCCGUCUGUCUUGAAAGACUGUAUUGCUUAUGCCAAGGGCUGCAAAUCUUGUCAGGCUGGGCUAUUGACUUAAUUGGUAAGGUGUAU